ACUGACGUACUGCGCACAGCGUACCGCGCACAUCGCGCACACGGCUCUCGUCAGCCGCACGUUUAGUACGUUUUUAAAGGACGUCGCGCGGCGUACAAAUCUGCCGCGAAUUGUGAUCUACUGCUCUGUGUACCUUGAUUAUCCAUCUUCCCUGCGCCAGGUGUGCACGAGUUUAAGCUAUAAUACCUUCAGUUCAGUUUGCCGCAGUAUUGAUCGCAUCCCGGUCGCUUCUGCUAAUGUUUAUAAACAGCCGGCCGCAUCCAUACCAUCCCUCUUGUUUUUGAUACGUUCGACCGAUUGGAGAAGAGCCGCAGCACUGAUCCUGAAUGCGCCAACUGUACCGGCAUCUCAAAUAGGAAGUACAGCAAGUUGAUUCGUUUCGGUGGUGUACGCGAUGUUUGGAGUAAGUCCGUUGGCAUCGGACUCAAUGACAUGGAGACUGUAAAUUAGAUCUCACUAGACUGUUGAAAAGAUUAAGUGUUUGGGUGAAAAUAGUGUGAACAAUACAGUUUUGUUAUAACAUGGACGUAGAAACAUUAUUUAAAGAGUGGCCGUAAGAACUGUACGUUGCAGUUAUUUCCAUGUUGUAAGAGUGCUGUAGAUUGGCAGCCAUGCUGUCGUACAUGGUGCCCGUUGAGGAGAAACCGCCGCCGGCGCCCGUCAAGGGCCGCCUCGCGUUGGAGCUGGUCGGCAGUCCAGGCAGCCCUGAGUCCGCGGUCAGGAAGACCAGAAGCAACAUAUCCAAGGAGUCCUCGACGAGCUCGUUCGCGAGCGAUCUCACUAUAUCGUCGUCGACUCCGACCGGCGUCCUUGACAAGCCCAAACAUAAACUGCUGAGCAAUGGCAGUAAACACACGUCACUAAAAAGGGUAUCCUUUGGAAGCUCGAAAGGGUCGAUGGUUGAGACCCUUAUCUACGAGAGCCCCCUCCAAGAGGAACCAGAGCAGACCAGCCCACCACCGAAGGCGCAGGAGACGACCUUCAUCUACACGCCCGUCGAAGACGAGUCAGAGCGUUCGAAAGUGCGUGUGUCAUUUUACCAAGGAGCAAGACCGCAGUGUCUCUCCCCACCGCCCCAAGCGAAGGAUCCAGACUCUCACAUUCUCUACACAAGUCUACUAUCCACAAACUCCGACAUGGGUGAAUACACAGUCUACAAUAGACAAAUCAGCACUGAAAGCGGCUGGGACAAUCCCUUCCGUCCGGACGGUGACUUGAGCCGCGAAGCUGAUGAGAUUGUGUCCCUGAUCAAAGGUGGCAAGCCUAUCACACCCACGCCUGCUGCUGAACCUGAGUUGCCCGUUAGUGACGAGGAGGAAAAAGUGCAAGCAAAUAAUGUCGAUGCUAGUCCGCCUUCAUCUCCUCCAACGAAAGUGGCAAGUCCUGUGCAGCAACAGAGUCCAGUAAAAGCUAUGAACGGCACUAAGAAUGGUGCCGCGGUGGGGGAGCUUCGCCCCGGUCAAGUGGAGGUGCACUGCUCGCCGCCUCAGGAGCCUCUGCAGCCGGAACACGUCACCAUCAAGAAGAAGCCCAAGUGCAAGUGCUGCGUCCUCCAGUAACCUGGCCAACUUGUAACCUCGCACCGGUAACACGCAUUGCUUUAGACGUCUAGCAUAUAUCCCCCACUUUGGUGUUUACUCGGUGCUAUUUCAUUUUUCGAUUUCUCUUACUGCAACUUAUCGAAACAUAUAUCAGGAAAGCAUAUGUGUUCAUUGUACAAUUUAUAACAUAUUACAAAGUCUGGCCUCUACUUCUCGUAUACAUUGAUAUUUUUGUUAAUUAUUUCAUUAGUAAAUUUUGGGUAUGUAGCAGGUCGACAAAUAUUUACAAAUUCUAACAUUAUGUUAGUCGGAUGAUUAUUUACAGCCCUGAACUAUUCGUGUGGCGCAUUAUAAUUAUCUUCACUAAGUAUUCGCGGCCUAACACGUUAUUUACAUACAUAUUCCUAUUAUAGCUUGCAACAUUUCUUGGCACAGUUUGCUUAGAUUUUUUUUAUUAACAGUAAUAAGUAUAAAUUAAGAAUAUCUGUAUGGUCACAUAAUAUUGGACUACAUUGUCUUGGUUAAUUAUAAUAAAAAAAUGGAAAUUAAACCAUUGUCAAAUAUAAAACAAUGUUUUAACUUACAGUUGUCGAAUAUUAAGCUAUUGUAAAGCGGACUAACCGUAGGAGUAUGUAUGUAAACAAUGUAUGUGUCGUCUACAUCAAGUUUGUGAUAAAUUCAUAUAUUUUAGCUAGUUUCGCAAAGAAAGAGAGAAAUGAUGUUGCAAGUUAGAUCCUGAGGAGGGCAAGGUUCUUAAAAUGAAAGUUUCGGAAUGUUUAAAAAUCACUAGAGAAUCUCAAAUAUUGAAUUGAGACGAGAACUGGUAAAGUAAAACGAUGGAUAGAAACAAAAAUUCAUAUUAUAAAUCAUAUUUACAAUAAUUUUUAAAGUGAAUAUGCCAAUUCUACUCAUUUCGAAAUGAUUGCGACAUGUUAAAUUAUCUUAUUUUAUUAAAAAAAAACAACAUAAUAAUUUAUUUUAGAACUGUUGCUAAGUUGAAUCUGUGUUGAAUAAUGUUUAAAAAUAAUUUAAAUGUAUAUUUUUAUAUGUUUAUUUAUAAAACGAAAGUAUUAUAAUCUUGAAGGAUGAUUGAGCUAUAGUAUUGGAAAAAUAUUUAAAUGACUGAAAUAGAUGCUUAAACUGAAGUUGCUUUGUUGUGUUAUUUUAAUUACUGUAAAAUUCCACUGACUAGUAUAUUGUUGUCUCUGUUCUUUCAAAACAAAAUGACAAAGAUGACAAGUUUCUUAAACAUGCGCUUCAAGAAACUAGCGGAAAAAUUAGCUACCUUUUAAACCAUAUCAUGUUGACAUUACUGUGAAUAAAACACGUUAUUUGGGGUACAAUUAAAAUUCCAUUAAGUUAACAAUUAAGUUUCAUAAGUAGAUCUGCUAUUGACAAAUAUUUUAAUUCAAUUAAAUAUAUAGAUGGCUUAGAUUUUGACAUAUGAACCUAAAAUAAUUCUACGGCAGCUACGACUCACAAUUAUUCUGCAGUUAUCCUCUUAUCUUUGUUCAAUUAAUGGAUUCAUCUUGAAAGAAGUACCUAUAAAUAAAACGCAAGAUUUCAACAAAAAACGACGUCUUGCUAGUUUUAGAAUACCAGUUAUAUUCUCGCUAACAUUAGAAGGAGAGAGACCUAUGUAUAGCUUCAACGUGACUUCACGCUUGCGUCCAAUAGAAUGUACACAAUUUUUCUUUUAUAUAUGUGAUCAUUACCAUGGAUCUACGUUUUAUAUAUUGUAGCUUUUUUAUUGUUUUAGUAUGAGAUCCUCAUGUGUACUGUUUUGUCGCAAGUGAAGGAUAGGGUGCUUGAACGGGAUGGUGUAAAAAUUGUAAGACUUACAUUGUUGAGUACUAUAAAAACUACUCUAUUUUUAAAUACAUAAACGAUAAAGUACAUAAAUGUCGAAUUUUUAAAUAUGACUUAAAUUAUUUUUGAAAUUUUAAACGUGAUUUUUAUAGUAUUUAACAAUGUUAUAAUCUCGGGUAGCAAUAAAAUUAUGCAUUUGGCGAUUUACAGUAUGGAAACUUGUAGGCGAAAUAUAAAUUUAUUUCUGAAAAUGUUAAAGCAUGUUAACAAUAUCUAUUGACCAAUUCCCUGAUAUACACUGCUCAAAAUUUAUGUUUAUUGAUUUUUUUGAUUUAAUUACAGUUACGAUUCAAAAAAAGCUUUUGGCGAUCUUUAAAAUGUACAUUACUUUAAAAAAUUUAAAAGUUACUUCAACUAAUUGUUCUCACGAUUUGUUAAAUAAAAAAUUGUUUAACAAUAAAAUUAAUGUGCGUGUUUAUCAGGGUAUUGUUUUAUUUAAAAUCAAGAUUAUAAACUUUGACCAUCGUAUGAAAAAAAAAUGCAUAAAACAAACAGGUUUAGAUGUACCCCCUACAAAAGUAGCGAUAUUAAGUAGAUAGGUAAUUAGAAUGGUAUAGUUAGGUGAUCCAGAAUUAUUUUGUGUUUGUUAUUAAUGUUUAUGGAUAUUAAAUUAUUUUUUUUUGUUUUCGGUUUUUUAUAGUUUUCGAAUAUCAACUAAAAGGAAGACAGUACUGAAUGAAUGGAUGUUAUCGCAUUGAAGUUUCUUGCACAGUUACAAAUUAAUUUAUAUUUCAAAUGGCUUCGUUAGAUACAACUGGAAUUUACCAAUUGUUUUACACUUUAGAAUGUUAUAAGACAUUUUACUAACUUUAUAUCCAGUAAAAUUUAGCAACAGUUUAAAUAGAUAUUGCACUAGAUUUAGGCAAUUUGUGUAACUGUUUGACUGUUGUAAACAUUUGUAAUUCUAUUAUCAACUUGUUGCAAACAUACAAGUUUUCCUUUUCAAUAUCCCCAGCAAUUGACAAUCUUUUACAAACACUGAACAUUUGCUUAAAGCUUGUCUAUUCAUUUUUAUAUUUCAACAUGGUAUUAUACUUUCCCACCCUACCUUCAAUUCUAACUGUACAGUUAAAAGUGUAGUGGAUUUUAGAUAAAAUUACACUGUGCUAGUAAUAUAUUACAUAAUGACGCAAAAGUUUUUCAUUUAUAAAAAAAUCUGUCUGAAAAUUAACUGUUGUGUUACAUUGGGCACAAAAGUUGGAUCAUAUUGAAGAAUAACACAAAGCAUUUAUGUAUUUGCCAUUUUUUUUAAUAACGGUGCUUUGAAGUAGGUGAUUAUUUUAUUAUAAGACAUUAUUACUUUAUACAAGCUUUUUUAACAAUGUUACAGGUAAUGAACAUUUCAUCAGAGUUUUAAUUUUUCAUUUUAAUAUGUUAAAUAAUAUGAUCAUUUGAAGCUAACAAGCAGAAUCAUUGCAGUUGUAGAGGUAUCUCAAGGUUAGAUUGACACAUUCAAUGCCAGCGACUCACUUUCAUAUAUGAAUGUUGGCAGUGAAGGUGUUUACAUUGUAAUAAUUUUGUUGCCUUUGGCAAAGUAUUAAAACUAUAGCCGCCUUUUAUUUCAGCUUGGUGUAAACCAUAGGAUCCUCUCGAUGUUAGAUUUUAAGCCAAUAUUGUGAUCGUUUGUGCAUUGUUUAGUUUAUCAUGGCCGCUCUUAUUCUGUUGUUUCAAGUUGCCAUGUUUGUAUGUUCCUUAAUUAAGUUUUUUAUUUUCAAGUAAAAUCCUGUCAUUAAGGUUCUAUUCAUACAAUAUUAUUUAAAUCAAAUCAAUUGAAAAGGAAAAUAAUUUUCUCCUAUUGAAUUUUGUUAAAUGAG